CCCUUUCUAUCGUGUUCCGGGAAACUUCUACUGUAAACUCCAUCAUCUCCUUGUUUUCGAUCCCCCUCGGUCAGAAACGUUCGGCUAGCAUUGUGAGGGUUCGCGGAGGCAGGAAAGACAGGCGAGGCAAGGCAAGGCGAGACGAGGAAAGGAAGACAAGCGGUUCUAGGCGGUCAGUCUCGGGCCAGUCACAGAGGAAACCAACCGAGCAGCGGUAGAAGUGGGGAUCGCGCCAGCCAUUUUCUAUUUUUGCAUAGCACCGCGAGUGAGAGUCAGUGCGUGCGCGUGUGUGUGUACACGGGCCGUUUAUUUUGUGUUGCGCGUGAUAUAUACGAAGAUCGAUGGACUGACCGAGCGAUCGGCAACGGCGACAGCGACGGCGACGGCUGCUGCGCUACGGGCCGUGUGUUCUGUGACAUGAGAUGAUCACCGAAAGAUCCCGCGAUCGUGCCACUCGCAGAAUCCACGUUCACGGGGCCCACUCGUUCGCGCAGCUUUGCGUGUAACUCUUGCUCUCUCUCUCCCUCCCCUCUCUUUCUCUCUGUCUCUCUUUCUCCCGUGUGAUCUCUCAUCCCGUAAACACACGCUCCUUGCUCUUUCUUUCCCUUUUUCUCUCUCUUUUUCCCUCUCUUUUUCCUCUCCCUCUUGUUCCACCUCCUUCUCCUGUUCUCUUUUUCUAUCCACUACUAUUCAUCCUCCCGUUUCGAAACGGUCGGAGGAAAAAGUACAUAUACACAUCACCCCGUCUAAGCUCUGUCGCUGGCCGAGCCACACAAAACGUAAAAGGGAAAACCAGUCUGUGAUACUAAACAGUACUAAGCAAUAUAUAUGCACAUAUAUAUAUAGAUAUAUAUAUUUAGAGGGUGUAAACUACUACUACUACUACUACUACUACUACUGCAGCAACGUGUAAAAGGUGCGCGCUCGCUCUCGUGUAUAUAUGCGUGCGUGCGAGUGUGCAUGCGUACGAGCCAACUAGCAAUCUCGCGCGCGUCCCGUAUCUGUGCGCGUGUGUCGUGCGCGCGCGAGCGCAUAUUUGUGUUGUGUAUACCGUGUGUGUGCGUGUGUGUGGUGUGUGUAUGUGUGGCUGUGGCUGUGGCUGUGUGUUACGUGCCACCGCUCGUCUAUGGUAGCACGAGAGACAUAGAAGACAGAGAUCGCGUCUCGGGGAAGAUAGCGAGUCGUCAUCACACAGGGAACGGGACGCCGGUAUCGGCGCAGGACACCCCAUCCUCCUCAUCCUCAUCCUUCUCCUCUUCCUCCUCCUCCUCCUCCUCCUCCUCCUCUUGCUGCCGUCCACCGCCGACGAGCGGCGAUCAACGGCGCGAUGUCCGUCGAGUCUGUGACAAGUGACAAACAGCAGCAGCAGCAGCAGCCGCCGCCGCCACCACUGCCGACGGCGACGACCACCGCGACGGCAACGGCGACAGCGACAACGGCAACGGCUGCAGCAGCGACGACGACGGCGACAACAACAACGACAACGGCGACGACGUCGGUGACGGCGGCGACCGCGACCACGACCGCGACGAAAAGGGUAGAAGGAGAUGAGGCCAUUAUAUCGAUGUCGCUGGCCGGGGAGGUGACUGACACUUCGAUCAUGGAAGUGGGCCGUUCUAGACCGCAGUUUCAAUAUUCUCGGGAAGAUCUAAUGCUGAUCAAAAAUUUGCGAUUGUCUAGACGUAGACCUACAUUCCUAGAUGCCGCUUAUAACAACUCGCGAGGCGUUUGGGAUCCUGAACGCUGGCAUUCGGACAGAAAGCGUAGCGAUACACCCCCGAAGGAAGAGAGGACUGGACGUGGUGAUCAAAUCACUGAGAAUCAUAGUAAGCGACGUAGUAAUGGCGAUCCACGAGACCGAAUACGUAAGGAGCAAGACGGCAUCGUUUUGAGUCCACAACGAAGAAGUUUUAAUUCAGGUUGUUUCGUUAACGUUUCAAAUCAGCCACCGAGCCGGCGCCCAGAAAGCCCAAUUGGCAAAACAGAGGUUAGCCACCGUGAACCUGUUCGUCGAAUUGGUAGCGGUAGAAUUCUAACACGGGAUAUAUGGGACUUUCGAGCGGAGAACGAGAAAAUGGAAUCUGAGCGUGCAGAUUACGGGUUUAGAUCAGGCACAGCUGCUGGUGGCUCUCUGCGUGAUCGUGACAGUAGAGAUAAUCGUGAUGGAGGGAAGGAGCGAGAUAGGGAUCGCGACAUGCGAGAACGCGAUCGCGAACGGGAUGAGAGGUUUGAGCGGCGAUCAUUCGGCCGGGAUUACGGGGAUCGCGGUGAAAGGGAGCGCGAUCGUGGCGAUAGGGGAGGAGCGGAGCGAAACAAUGAGCGGAAUCAUCAGACGGACCGUGACAAGGAUCGCGGACGCGAGAAGAGAUUUAUCAACGACCGUCGUCAACGAACGUACAGUGACACUCGUGAUUUGGACGAGCCCGAAUGGUUUAGCUCAGGACCUACGUCUCAACAUGAUACGAUUGAGCUCAGAGGCUUCGAGGAUAUUCCGGAGGAAAAGGUAGUGAGCAGCGGUAGCAAUGCCAAAAGUAAGAAGCAAAAUCCCACACAAAAGAAACGUGGCAAGAGAAAUUCCACGGAGAAGGACGAGAAACCGAAUGAGAAUUCGGCGACGGGUCCUAAGGGACGCAGCACUCCGACUGUCAUGGAUCAGCCUGUGAACGCUGUGCCGGCGCCACGUUCUCCGCUUUCCGAACAGACUGAGCAAUCUAUCACUAAGAAGAAAGAGAAAGAUGUUAAUGAAAGUAGUGUCACCGGGCCGACCUCCGAAUCGAGAGAGAACUCCAACAGCGCAAAUCAGAAUCAAGAGGACUCGCAUCCUGAUUUUAAUCUAGAUGAGUUUCUGAAAUCUGAUACGUUCCCUGGAGUUUCCGGAUUGUUGACGAAUGGCGUUGGUUCGAAUAGCGGUACCGGUUCGCGAUUCAGUCAGUGGUUCAAGAGAGAAAGCCCAAUUCAGCAAGCAGAUAGUCGUAGAGCUUCCAUACAAGAUGAAUUGCUGAAUAAUUUAUUAAACGACAUCACCGAACCGAAUAUUCAAAUACCAUCGGUGACGGAAUCGAACACUUACUUCGCUCCAAUUUCUCCGGCCAACACUACCAAUAAUGCUAAUACUACCACAAAUGGCGUCAAAUUACUCGAGAUGUUACAUCGUGGUAAUAAGCCAAAUCAAAACGGCCAGGGUGAUGCGAGUAGUACAGCUAUACCUAUGAUGAAGAAUUGUUCUAUUAAAGAUUUGGAAGUUGGUGGCAAAGUUGUGCAUAGUUUGGAAGAGUUGGAAGCACGUAUGCGGGGUGGUGCUCCUCCACCUGCGACUUCGACUGAUGCACCCCGUGCAAAUAAGACUGAAGAAGAUCUCUCUGCUUUUAAGAAACUGCUUGCUCAAGUGACUGGAGGACAAGCUGUGCCUGCAGCUAACGGACCUAUCACUCAAAAACAGCCUGUAACAUUAAUGCAAUUACUUAAUUCACAAUUGAAAACUCAACAAUCAUCGAUGCCAUCUCAACAGCCGCCCGCAGAACCUAUUCAUACUACUACAUUUAAUCACGUCGGUCCCCUUGGUCCUACUCAACAUCCGCAUCAAGCUCAGAUGCAACACGAGAAUCUAAUGAAAGUUUUGCAAAUACAGCAACAACAGCAGCAGCAACAACAACAACAACAACAACAACAAAAGCAACAACGACAUUCCGAUAUGCUAUCAAUGAUGAUGGGAAAUCAACGGAUGUUAGGUGUCAGUCCGGUGCCGGCGGAGAUGCAAAUGAUGAUAAAUAAUGUCCCGUCGAGCCAAGAGCUCUUACAGCGUCCGGAAGCUCAAGCAAUUAUUCAAGGUUUACAGCAAGGGGAGAUCACUAGGCAACAUCUAAUACAGCAGUUGCAGAACCCCGCAAUGCAACAUCGCCAUCGAGAAGUACUGGUGAACAUAUUGAAAAUGUAUGGUGGCACUACGCCUCGCACUAUAAGUCCGCAUCCUCAUCCCGCUGCUCCUAUCCCUCAGGAUCACAUCCUGCAACAGAUGCUAUAUCAACAACAGCAACAGAGAAUUCCAUCUCCUAUGAAUAACGCUUAUUGUCCACCUCCGAUAAUAUCGUCAAAUUUAACAGCUAGUCCUAGUACUUUAACAGUACAACAUCCAGUGAUACCGCAUAGAGUACCGUCGCCAAGGGAGAUUGUUAUGCAUACUCAGUCUAUAAUGCAAAAUGCUUUAAUCAAGAAAAAAUUGGAGGAACAACGUGAGAAUUUUCGUAAGCGGCAAGAUCAGCAGCAACAACAGCAGCAGCAGCAAGUUCAACAGCAACGCGCUUCGAGCCCUGUUAAUUCGCCAGCUAAGCAAACUGCGAGUCCGCUCGCUUUCACUCCAACCUCCGUUUUACGUAAAAUGACUGCUGAUAAGGAACCUGACGGAAGCAGCAAUGAGCCACCCAAAUUGUCUACACAAACUCAAGCUUCUCAAAUGCAACAAAUGCAGUCAGCUGCGGUUCAGUUACUUGCACAGGGAGCUCUUUCGAGACACACCGCAUUGCGAUCGCAACCUCCUGUUCAAUCGACAUGGUCGAAUCCACCGCUUAAACAGCAUCCAGGUCGACCUAUAGUAAAAGGUGGUAAUAAUAACAACAACGCGAGUGGCAAUCAGUUCCAAUAUAAUACGGGAAAUACAGAGUUCCAACAACACCAACAACAACAACAACAACAUAGAACAGUUCCGAAUGUUUAUGGCAAUCCAGCACGAUCUAAGCACACGAUGGCAACUUCGUUAUCGCAUCACAAUGUUCCACAAUACAAUGUAGCGCAGAACUCGAUUAUGAAUCAAAGAGCGAAUCCUAUGAAUACGCAAAUGAAGACACAGCAAGUUUCAACGCAUCUCGCUAAUAUGCAACAACCACAACCGCCGCAUGGAACCGUUAACAUACAACAACCACCGCAGAGAACUGUAAAUACACCUAUGCAACUUGUUAUGAGCCAAAACUACAAUUCUAAUCGUACAGAUGCAGGACGGGUGAUGCGAUCACAACAAUUGAAUAUGACAGUCGGCCGUCAACCUUCACCAGGCCUCGGAUUUGUGGGCAGUAAUGGAGGUGAUCUAUCGCCAACAUCUAAUCAGCUUGCGCGAUGGUUCAGCCCGGAACUUCUCGCUCAAGCUCGGGCCGGCAAGCUUCCGGAGCUUGCGCAAACGAACGUCCUAUCGUUGGAGGAGCUCGAGAGACUUCAACAUGCAUCAACUAUAGUGCAUAACUAAAGUGACAUUGUAUUCGAAUUACGUUUCAAUUUUAGCGUGAAAUUGCAUUGGUAACACUACUCGCUACUGAUUGGAGAAUUCGGUAUUCUUCGGUACAUCUUCCUUCACGUCCAAAGCACCUAUAUAACAUCCCCUAUAUGGAUGCUGGAUACACGCUGAUAAAUGACAAAUGGUGCUCGCCUACGUAGAUCGUUUUAUCAAGUCUUCGUAUUGACAAGAGAUUUAUCAAAGUAAUACCAUGUAAUUUGAUUAGGAAUAGAGUCGAUGAUCGGUUGGACAGUACUUCUCUUUCGAAAGAUCUUUUGUUGAAGAUGAUUACUAACAUCAUUUGUGAAGCCAUCAAGUUUCGCGGAAUGUUAUUUAGAAACUACAAAUGUACAGAAUAGAAUAUGAUAGUAAGAACAAAGCGUUAGAACGAAAAAGUGGACAGCUUUCUAUACGAAAAUGACGUAUUGUUUAUAAGACUGAAAAAAAAGAAAAUUCUUAUUGUUGAUUAUAUAUCAAGCUGUUAGAGCUUCAUGCGUACUUUCUAAAUAACAACACAAUAAGAUCUAUUUGCCUAAGAUAAGACUGCAAGUUUCUUAUGUAUUCCUAUCUCAUUAUCUAACAAGAAACUAAAAAUUAUCUGGCGACUUUUGCAUAAAGCGUUAAUUUCAAUGUUUUUAUAUUUAAAGCACAUUUGUCAUCAGUCUCUUAUUUUUUCUUGUUGUCAAUUAACAAAUAUUACGAGAUAUAUUGUGACUAUAUUUUGCAAUAAUUCAUAAAUAUUGAAAGCACCGUUACGUUCAUUACGUUCCUUAACUUCGGAACAAAGAAAAACAAGAUAUUUUAUUUAUUGCUGUCAGCAAACGUAAAAAUAUAGUCUAUAUACUAAGUAUGUGUCUAACGCAAAAAACUUAUAUCGUUGUCGCCAGCAGGAAUAAGAACUAGAUAGUCGAUACGUUUAAUCUAGUAUUAUUUAUAGAAUACAUCACGUGCUUGCUUAUUUACGAUGGGACUUGCAAAGAUCCUUAGGCAAAUAAUAUGCGAUCCCUUGAACUUGUGAACUGCAAGAUAGCACCUGAUUACAAUUACAUACACAGAGUGAUGUCGUAUUUAAUAUUCUAUUCGUAUUACUGCAAACAAUGCGACUUUAUUAACACGAAAAGCGUACGAAAUAAAACGAUGAGUAUGUGACAUCAAGUCAUACAUAUAUUACAAAAAAUAAAUAUAUAAUAUAUACUUUUCUCUCGUGUGUAGAAGGCGCAUGAAAGUGUCAUUAUCCUGAUCGAAAGUGAUAUAUAGAACUGUUUCUUAAUAAAGAAGCUCGGAAGAUA